AUUCCUAAUUUGAUCAAUCAUUUUGUUUCAGCGGACAGGAAAACAACCUCCGACAAAAACCCUUGUGGACAACUGCCAGGUGUGUGAAGCAGAAGGAGGCGAUGAAGGAGCAGGAGCAGCAGGGCUACUGGCAGGAGACGGGCCGAUGGGCGGGCUACGAGGAGAGCUUCGACCCGCAUUCUGGAGUGUGGGCGUCCUCGCACAUUUCCUACCUCACAUUCAAGAGCCUCAUCCAGCUGCGACGCACCAUGAACACUGUUGUGACAAUCUUCGACUGCGAGGAGAAGACUUUAGCCGCCAUCGCUGAGAAGAUGGUUGGCGAGAUGGUUUCCAAGAAAGAGAUUAGGUCUGGAGACCGGGAAGGUGUGCUGAAGUCUCUGCUUCAAAACAGCGGGGAAUCGGCUGACCCAGAAAGCCAAAAGCUGACUGACGGGAGGGACCUGCAUAGGUUUUCAGUCAACGAAAGAAAAGAUGAGAGUGAUCAUGUUGAAGCCUCCAUGGUGCUAGUAGGAGCUUUAGACUUCCUGGAGAAAGCCUCGGUUGUUUUUGUGCGGCUGAAGGAAGCAGUGGCCCUCGACUCGGCUUUGGAGGCCCCAAUGCCUGUUCGCUUUGUCUUUAUUCUGAUUGGCCCCAGCAACAGUGACCUGGACUACCAUGAGACUGGGCGUGCAAUGGCAGCUCUGAUGGCUGAUAAAGUUUUUAAUCAGGCAGCUUUCCAAGCGAAGAGCGCACGGGAUCUAACGGACGCCUUGGUGGAUUUUAUCGACUGCAGCAUCGUCAUCCCACCCACUGAAAUCAAGAACGAGGCGAUGCUCAGCUCCAUCAUCAGCUUUCAGAAGAAAAUCCUGAAGGACAGACUCCAGCCUCAAGAACUCGCGCUACGAAGGGACUCCAAAGCACGCAGAGUUUCUAUUCUCGACGGGACUCUUGCUGAGGAUCCCCUGUCACGCACCGGUCGACCGUUCGGUGGGAUGAUCCGAGAUAUUAAGAGACGCUACCAAUACUACAAGAGCGACCUCACAGAUGCCCUGAAUCCCCAGGCCAUCGCCGCCAUCAUCUUCAUCUACUUUGCGGCCCUGUCUCCUGCCAUCACUUUUGGAGGCCUGCUGGCUGAUAAGGUGGACAACAUGAUGGGUGUAUCAGAGCUCCUCAUUUCCACCAGCAUCCAGGGCAUCAUCUUCUGCUUUGUUGCUGCUCAGCCCAUACUGGUUAUUGGUUUUUCGGGCCCUCUUUUGGUGUUUGAAGAGGCCUUCUUUGCAUUCUGUAAGUCCCAGGACAUCGAGUACAUCGUUGGGAGGGUAUGGGUCGGGGUAUGGCUCGUCAUCAUCGUGGUGAUCAUCGUGGCCUUUGAGGGCAGCUUUCUGGUGCGCUACAUCUCUCGCUUCACCCAGGAAAUCUUCUCCAUCCUCAUCUCCAUCAUCUUCAUUUAUGAAACAUUUGCCAAGCUGGGAAGGAUCUUCAAGGCACAUCCCCUGAUUCUGAACUACGAUCAUGUGAACGCAACGUUGGAAGACCCCUGGCACCCGAGGCUGGAGGAGACCACCAUCUACGACAACACCACUGGAAACUUAACAGUUAUUGUGAAUACCGUGAAGCCGCCUUACCCAAACACGGCCCUGCUUUCCAUGUGCCUCAUGCUUGGCUGCUUCUUCAUCGCCUAUUUUCUGCGGCAGUUCAAGAACGGGACGUUUCUUCCUGGAAAUGUCAGGCGCUUGCUUGGUGACUUUGGAGUGCCCAUUGCUAUUUUCCUCAUGAUUGUUGCAGAUUAUAACAUUGAUGAUACCUACACUCAGAAACUGGUUGUUCCGAAAGGUCUGAUGGUGUCCAAUCCAGCCAAAAGAGGCUGGCUUAUCAACCCCUUCGGAGAGCACCAAUCCUUUCCUGUGUGGCUGAUGUUUGCCUCCUGCAUCCCUGCUCUGCUCGUCUUCAUUCUGAUCUUCCUGGAGUCUCAGAUUACCACUUUGAUCAUCAGUAAACCUGAGCGGAAGAUGGUCAAAGGUUCGGGGUUCCACUUUGACUUGCUGGUUUUAGUCGGCAUGGGGGGACUCAGUGCCAUAUUUGGUGUUCCUUGGCUGAGCGCCGCCACGGUCCGAUCCGUCACGCAUGCUAACGCUCUAACAGUCAUGAGCAAAGGAACCAAACCCAAGAUAGAAAGGGUAGUGGAGCAGCGGGUCAGCGGCAUUGUGGUAGCCUUGCUUGUCGGUUUAUCAAUUCUGAUGGAGCCAAUCCUUAAGUUGAUUCCCAUGUCAGCCUUGUUUGGGAUCUUCCUCUACAUGGGAGUGACGUCACUAAAUGGCAUCCAGCUGUGGGAUCGUAUGCUGCUUCUCCUCAUUCCUAAGAAAUAUCACCCAAAUGAGCCUUACGCCACCAGAGUGAGCACAGGGCGAAUGCACCUGUUUACAGCCAUCCAGGUAGUUUGCCUCGCCGUCCUGUGGCUUGUGAAGUCCAGCCCGAUAUCCCUAGCUCUUCCCUUUGUUCUCAUCCUCACCAUCCCUCUACGCAUGCUCAUGACAGGCCGUCUCUUCACCAAUCUGGAAAUGAAAUGCCUGGAUGCCGACGAUGCCAAGGUGAUGUUUGAGGAGGAGCCUGGACAGGAUGUGUACUGUGAAACUCAGAUGCCUUUGUAGCUUUUUCCAAUGAUAGCUACCGAUAUUUUUUUAUAUUAACAGAAAAUGUAAAGCUAUAUUAUUUUUGGCUCAAGUAAAUGUUUAAUUUCCUGAUGAGCUAAAGUACAUUUAAUAUUUAUUUACUGUAUCAUGAGAAAUACGUUGCCUUAUAUUUAUUGAAGGUGAUCAUGGAUAUAUUUAGCUCAUGGCGGAAAGCCAUUUUGUUAGAAUAUUCUUAGAGAACUUUUAUUUGUACUAAAUCUUCUGCAAUUCUAAAGCUAAAUAUUUUAGAGAACUACAAAGAUUACUAAAAAAGUUGUAAAAACAGCUCCGAGGCUUUUCAUAGUUUGUGGUCACAAAAACAAAAAGAUUUAAGUGACAUGCACUCCAUAAAAUAUAACUUAAGUGCAUCUACGAUGUGCUGGUUGGUGGUGCAUCCCGGAGGAGCCCCCAAAAAUGGUUGUGUCAAAGUUCAAAAUAGAGACAAGAAAACCAGGCUUUGUUUUUUCUUAUUUAAAGUUGAAUGUAAAAAGAAGAAAUGUAGAAUAAAAGCAUUGACAGAUGCAGACUUGACCAAAGAACACAUCAUCAUUACUGAUCUGCAGGCAGAAUAGUCCUUGUUUUUAAUCAAUAUCCAGUGCAGGCUUCAGCUUUUCUUGUCUCAUGUUUGACAUAACUCUAUACUUUAAGUUUCAUGGGUGAGAUAUUCUGCAUAUCUGGAUGCACUUUUUAUUUUAGGAAAUGCAUCUCAAUGGGAUGACAUUUGAUCAAUAUUAAGCAGAUGAGUGACUUACAAGUAAAAAGUGAACAAUGUCAACACUUACGUAAAAGACUUUAAAAUAUUAGCAUUUAUAGCCAAACCUUUAUGUGAUCCAAUGUGUUAGACUGAAUGUAACAUUACUUCAAAAAAGUUUCUGUAAACAAAUUCUGUGUUUUUUGACUUAUCAGCCACUUGUGCAAGAAACUGAAUGAAGGACAAUAGUAGGACAAUAGUGGUCUGUGGCAAUGCCAAAAACUAAAAUAUUUGAAAGUUUUAAACACUUUUUGGAUGUUGUUGCUGUCUUCUUGACAUGUUAAAUGUAAAUAUUAAUAAAAUAAAUUUUAUGAAUACAA